AUGGAACAGUCUGCGCCUCAGCCACCAAUCGACAAUCAGAAUCAGUUAUACGUGGUUGAUGGACGACGAAUUCGGGUAGUUGAUCUAGAAACGAACACAAUCCGAUCACUCACCAGCAGCCAACUCCAAGACAAGACUCCCCUUAUGAAAUGUGGCAACGAUUUGCGCAAAUUUGCAACAAUCUCUGAAAUCCAGAUGGAAUGGCCAACUUCUAUCUCCAUCGACUCGUCUACUCAAACACUUUAUGUACUUGAUACAAAUGUGAUCUACGAGUUUAAGCUGAAUCUUGAAAUUGGACGAGUGUUAUUGGGAUCACCAUCAGCUUGUGUUUCCAAUGAAACCUCUCUUUCCCUGAACAACGCAAGAGACAUUGCCACUGGGCUCAAUGGACAGUUGUACAUCCUAGAAUCUGAUGGAAAGAAAUUAAAUCAAAUAAGAAGCUAUAUGCAAAAUGGUGGCGAUUUGGUGAAAGUUGCCGGUCGAUCAUCGCCGUGCUCUUGUCAAGGAUCGUCACCAAACGCUCAAUGCAGCUGUGACAACGAAGCAAAAAGAGUCGAUGCUCAAGAUUCGCUUUUCAAUGGACCACUUUCCAUCGCUGUUGACUCCCAUGGAAAGAUUCUCAUCGCCGAUACGGAGAAUGCUAAAGUGAAAUGUGUUCAUUUCCCAGCGGCAACUUUCGACUCAACCACUUCUCAAUACAGCAUUCAAUGGCCUUUUUCUGAUGAGGUGUAUUUCUUCAAUCGAAACGGUCUUCAUUUGUCAACGAAAAGUCUGAUCACCGAUCGUUUACUCUACACAUUCAGCUAUAACGUCGAUACUCAUCUCGGCCGCCUUUCGCAAAUCGUUUCACCGGGUGGGCUACUUCUUCGAGCACUCUGGCCACAAUCAGAUGAAAAUUCGGUCGCUAUUGAAUCUCCAUCCGGUCUUCGUUCUCAGCUUUCUUUUUCGGCUUUCGACGAGUAUCUCGAAUCAUUCACCUUACCAAAUAAAGAAGUUCUGAAAUUUCACUAUGGUACUGGCGGCUUAUUGCUCUCUCGAUCGGGAAACAGAGGAAUGACAAGCUUGGGAUACGAUAGCUUUGGACGCGCUAAUUUCAUCUUCACAAAAAAUCACAUUUACAUUAUUGAUCCGCCGCGUUUCGAAGAGGAUUUCUCAGUGGUUUCAGUGAAAAAAGACGAUCGAGAUUAUCUGGAGAUCAAAAGUCGACCGGGAGAAGCUUAUCUUGGAGGAGAGGCUGAACAAAGGCUGUUGACUUUGGAUGAAGACUCGUUUGAAUGGACUGAAGAAAAUAAUGGAAAGAUUCUAUUCGAGAGCGAGGUGCAUCCAGGCUGGGGUGGCCGAGCGGUGAGUCGUGCAAGGAGGACAUGGCCAAGUGUCGAACAUCCAUCAAGGAGAAGUCUUGUGUGGCGCUUUGAUUGGCGACCUUUCUCUUCUUCUUCAUCAAAAAGUCGACGUGUGGCUGAGGUCGGCUCGAGACCCCGGGUAAACGGUUUGAAUAUCUUCUCAAUUGCUUUCGAUCGAGCUGGAAAUUUUGAUGUUGUUCGUGGAAAGGGCGAAGAAGAAGUUUUGCUGAAAAUCGAGUACACGGAGAGUGGAGAAUGGAAACAAGUGACACCAGGGAAAGAGACAGCGUUGGCUUCGAUGAAUAUCAGCUAUGACAAUAUGGGACGAAAAACUGGGAUUUCUUGGGGUUCGAUGAAGCGAAGCUUUUCUUAUGAUCGACAAAAUCGAUUGAUUGAGAGAAAUUGGGGCGCCGGCGAGCAUGUCUUCAAAUAUUCGUAUGCAAAAGACGCGUCCAUACCCAUUCAGGUGGACAUGCCAAACGGUCACAAGUACACGAUCAAGUUGGACAACUUUGGACGAAUUCAGCAAGCGACAAGUCCAUCCGGAGAAGUUCACCAAAUCUCGAUGACCACUGUACCACAAGGAUCAUUGAUUAAACGAAGAGUGCCUCAAUCAAAAGGCGCCUCGUUGAGUGUGGUGAAUGGAGAGGGAGAUUUGCUCGAAUGGCUUUCGCCCGAUGAAAUGCACCACGUGCGCAUGCAAAGAGAUUCCAGAAAUAGACUAAUUAGGAUGACUUUGGACAGCAAAUUCACAACCAUUUUCGAGUACAAGAACAAUCAAUUGUCGAGUGUGAAAGCUGAUCACUACACACAACGCAUUUCAAGGCAAGCCGAGUUGCCAAUUGAGAUCAAUGAAGCUCGCUUGUAUCCGGAAUGCUGGAAAAACACAAACUUUUCUCUGUUCUAUGAUGAUGUUGGUCGAAUUGAGAGCAUUCAAGGAAAUGUUGAGGGAAAAAAAAUGACAACGAUUCAGUGGAAGUACAACAAACGCUCGGGUUUUGUGGAGAAUCUGGCUGGAUUUACCGUGACAACCCAGGGAAAUACUCAAUCAAUUUCGAAUAGCAAGAUGUCAAUCGAGUCCGAGUACAACAAAAAUGGUCAAUUGGUGAAAAGGAAAGGGAAAAACGAAAAUGUUGAGUGUUCUAUGCAAAUCAACAGAGAUGCACACGGGAGACAAAUAUCAACCGAAUGGAAGAAACCAUCAGGGACUUUUACAGAAGAGAUCGGUUUUGAGGGUGGACAAUUAGCCGAAUUUGUUACGAAGAAUGAUGAAAGAUGGAGCUACAAGUUUGACAAAGAUGGACGAAUCUGGUCAGUGAAUGGAGAACAAUUUGAGUGGAGUAGUGGAGGGAUUCCAAGAAAGAUUCUCGGCACAGUCUACGCCACUGACUCAAACGGUUGGACUAUGAAAAAAGGAAAUUUCACUUUCAAGCUCGACUCACUUGGUCGUUUGAUUAAAGUGAUUGAAAUGGGAACAAAGAGAAUGACAACCAUCCAAUACGAUCACCUCAAUCGAGUGAUUUCUUUUAAACACGCAAACAAUGAGCUUACUUUCUUCUAUGCUUUUCCACAUCAGCCCACUCGUAUCUCUCAUUUUCUUGAUUCAAAAACAAGCCUUAUCACCACGCUUCUUUACACAGAUGAUGGAGAACUUUUCGCUAUGAUGAUUGGAAAUGAAAAAUAUUUGAUUCUAUCGGAUUCAAAACGAACACCUCGUUGUAUUUUUUCGGAAAAUCAACUACUAAAAGAAAUUGAUCGAUCUUUGUAUGGAGGCAUUAUUUCGAAUUCGAAUAAAACCUUCUGGAUUCCAGUUGGUUAUCUUGGAGGGAUUGAGAUUGAAGAAGCUGGAGUGGUACUUUUGAAUGGAAGACCCUUGGAUACUUUGACUGGAAGAUGGAUGUCUUUUGGACCUGAUCAAAUGGGUGUACCAAAGAAUUUCCUCGAUCCACGACAAACGCUUGAUCCAUGCGCUUUCGAAGAAAACAUUGCUUCGACAAAAAUGCCACUAGACAUGAGCUCUUGGUUGAGCCUUGCGAGAAUCUCGCCUACAACACUCUCUCCUUCAAAAUCUCUUCUUCUAACCGAUGCCACAAAUGGAGACUCUGUAGCUUCAGCGAUUCAAACCGGAUUUGCUCAACGAUUAGAAUACUUUUCACGAUUGGAUUCGGUGACUCGAUCAGCUCUUGGGGAAAGUCUUCCAAGAAUCUCGACACCAACAGUUACAAGAGAUGAUCCCGGAUUUGCUGAGUUGCUCUUCAUCAUUCCAAAAAAUGAUAAGAUUGAUGUCAAAUUUUCUCCAAAACUGACAGCUGAAGAAGAAAAGUUGAUCGUUGAUCUUCUAGAAACGGCAAAAGAGGUACAAUGGCCAUUGGUGAAUGGUGGUUGGAAUCGUCAUUUCGCUAGAAGUGACUCGCUUGGAUCUCGUUUCUCUUCAACUUCUCAUCCACAUUUUACUGCCGUUGUUGGGUCGGACUCAGUCGAGUUGAGAUCGGGAAAGACGCGAAUCAUUGUUCAUUUUGAAACUAAUCCGGACGCGGUUCGCUCAAAACUAUCAGACGAUCUUCGUCGUCGAGAAGCACACGCAGUUUGGAAAAUGGAAAAGAAAUUGGUUGAAAAAGAUCUGCCAACAAGAAAUGCAUGGACAGAUGAUGAACGUCGAGAGCUGCUAGGAAGGGGGAGAGAAAGGGGCGGUGCUGGACAUCGUUUCCUCUCUUUUGAAUGGAUCAUCGAGAUCCUCUCUUCACAAGCUACCGUGAUUGCGACGAACAGUCGAGAAGAACUCUCACUUGCAACAAGUAGUGAAAUCCUGGAUCAAUCUAUUCACUCAAUUGAAUUCAAGGAAAGCCUUGUCAAUUCGACUUUCCAAAUCUCGAAUCUACUCGACAUGCAGCCAACACUGAAAGACGAGCAGAAACAAGAGCCCCAAACAAGCAAGGAGGUUUCUAAAGUGAAAGUGCGACUCUCAAAUCAAAAUUUAUGGGAGAAAUUUCACACCGUCACCACCGAAAUGGUCGUUACAAAAAGUGGAAGGAAAAUGUUCCCAAAAUUGGAGUAUUUGAUCGAAGGAAUGGACGAGGAUGCUUGCUAUCUGCUGACUCUCAAAAUCGUUCGCGUUGACGAUAAUCGAUACAAGUUCCAAUGUGGUGAAUGGGUGCCUGCUGGUCGAGGAGAUCCCGGAUUUCAGGAAAAGCAAGUGCACCAUAAUGACGGCCCAAUGCCUGGGGCUCACUGGAUGCGCGCGCCAAUCAAUUUCGAGAAUGUGAAAAUCACGAACAAUCCACAGGAUUGCAAUCCGAAACACAUCUUUCUCCUCUCCAUGCACAAAUUUGUCCCCGUGCUCACCAUUUACAAGCUCCCGCCGACGCAAGAUGGGAUCAUGUUCGCAUCAGUUCGCCCUACCUAUGAGGAGAUUACACUUCGAUUGAAAUGUACAGAGUUUAUCGCCGUAACCGCCUACCAGAAUCACACAAUUACAAAUCUAAAGAUUGAGCAUAAUCCCUUUGCGAAAGGCUUCCGCGAUGGUGGCGCCUGUGCUCCGAAGAGAUGUGGUGGAUCACCAAGCGAAUCGCUUUCUCCAUCACCCAAACGUGCAACAAUGGUACCGAUGAGUGGGGCGCAGCUUGGCGCUCUUCAAAAUCCGACUCCAUUCCCAUUGCUACCAUUUGCCAUCCCAUCGCUCAACACUCCCCUCUAUUCUCCUUUCAUUUUCUUCACGAAUCUCGCGAAUCAAUACUCUUUAUCUUCGCAAUCUUUACCG